AUGAAGUCCCUCAAAGUGGUUCUUUCUUCAGCAGCAUCAUGCCGCAAGCCUUCUUCUUCUUCGGCUGCCAUUCUAGCCCUCUCAUCUAAGAGAUGUUUCUCAACCAAAGUAUCGGUCAUGGAAGCACCUAAUCGAGUGAGUGCUAUGAGUCCAGAGAAAUUCCAAGAGGAAAUGCAAAAGGCCGGAAUUCAAAGAGGAUAUGUGGUUUAUGAUGCCAAGGAAAACAAGACCAUUACUUCUCAUCCAUUGUUUGCUGAGUUGGGUGAGUUCAUUACCAAUGAUAAGAGAGAUUUUUUGAAACAUGAGGCUUGUUUCUUUCAAAUUGGACCUCGCUCCAAUUUGUUGUUUGGUGCAUUCUUGCAUAAGAGUAAUAGAGGAAUUCCUCAUGGUGGUGUUCGUUUGUGGAAAUAUAAUUCCAUGGAGGACUAUGUGAGAGAUGGUUUGAGAUUGAGUUUGGGUAUGACUAGAAAGAAUGCUUUGGCUGGUUUGUGGUGGGGCGGUGGUAAGGGAUUAGUUCAAAAGACUGACGAUCCUUCCAUCAAUUACAGCUCCGAUUCUUUCAGAGAUAUUGUCUUUUCCGAGUAUGGACAAUUUUUGUCUUCUUUGAAGGGUGCCUACUAUGGUGCUGAAGAUGUUGGUUUAACAACUGCCGAUUGUGACAGAAUGCAUACCAAAACUCGUUUCGUGAGCUGCUUGUCUCCUGAAAUUGGUGGUUCAGGCAACCCAUCGCACUCAACUGCAAUUGGUACUGUUUGCGGUAUGGAAGCAGCAAUUGCAUUCCUUGGCAUGGGAGAUUUGACUGGCAAGAAGGUUGUGGUUCAAGGAGCAGGCAACGUUGCUAGCUUCAUCAUUGAGGAGUUGCUCAAGAGAAAUGUCGGAAAAAUCGUUGCCACUGAUAUCGAUAAGAACCUGAUUGAAAAGAGAAAGGAACAAUUCAAGCAUGCCAAAAAUAUUGAAUGGCGAGUGGUUGCUCCAAACGACUUGAGCGUCUUCUCUGAGCCUUGUGAUAUUUUCGCUCCAUCUGCUCUUGGUGGAAUUAUCAACUCUACAACCAUCCCAUUGCUUAAUUGCAAGAUUGUCUGUGGUGCUGCCAAUAAUCAACUGUUGGAUCCAGUUGAACAUGAUUACAUGAUUAAGGAUCGCGGUAUUAUCUAUGUUCCCGAUUAUUUGAACAACCGUAUGGGUAUUGUCAACUGUGCCAACGAAUGCUUUGGACACGUGCACAAUGAUGAGGCCAUUUUGAAACACUUUGGACGAGAAUGGGACAACUCGGUCUUUGUGAUUGCCACUCGUAUUUUGAAGAAUUCAAAAGAAUCAAACAUUCCAACUGGACUCGCUGCUCAUCGAUUGGCUGACGAAUUCAGUGAAAUGGAGAACCCACUUAUUGGUCAUAGAGGAUGGGCUAUUGUUAAGGGAUUGAUUGAUACUCAUUGGGAGAAUGGCAAGCUUCAAUAA